UAUGCUCUAAUGAAUUUGACCAAGUCUCUCUUCAUCCCUUGAACUCUAUAUAAAUACAUUAACUAUAGCAUUGCCUCCAAUCUCUCUUUUCAACCUUUACUCUUUCUUUCAUUAAUUAAUAUUAAGAUGAGUGAGAAUGGUGAAGAAGCUCAAGAAAAUCGUCCAGUUCCUCGUUUAAACGAAAGGAUUCUCUCUUCCUUGUCAAGGAGAUCAGUAGCUGCCCACCCUUGGCAUGAUCUUGAAAUUGGACCCGGUGCUCCUCAGAUUUUCAAUUGUGUUGUGGAGAUCACUAAAGGAAGCAAGGUCAAAUAUGAACUUGACAAAAAGACUGGAUUAAUUAAGGUUGAUCGGGUUCUGUAUUCAUCAGUUGUUUAUCCUCAUAACUACGGUUUUAUCCCUCGCACACUCUGUGAAGACAAUGAUCCAAUGGAUGUCUUGGUUCUCAUGCAGGAGCCAGUUCUUCCUGGUUGUUUUCUGCGAGCCAGGGCCAUUGGAAUUAUGCCCAUGAUUGACCAGGGAGAGAAAGAUGAUAAAAUUAUUGCAGUCUGUGCUGAUGACCCAGAAUAUAAGCACUUUACCGACUAUAAAGAACUUGCACCUCAUCGCAUCACCGAGAUCCGACGCUUCUUUGAAGACUACAAAAAGAAUGAGAACAAGGAGGUAGCAGUUAAUGAUUUUCUUCCGGCAAGCGUUGCUGUUGAUGCCAUCCAGCAUUCAAUGGAUCUCUACGCGGAGUAUAUUUUGCACACCUUGAGGCGAUAGACAAGAUUAUUCCCCAAUCUCCAUCAAUCAAAAUAAGCUGCAAUCUAGAGUUAUUUUAAUACAUAUAAAUCAACCGUAUGUAUACUCCACAAUUUUUGUAUUUAGUCGGAUAAUAUACUUGUUUGGUUUAUUGACCGUGUUUAAUGAUGCUUACUAUCAAAUGUACUUGAUACGUAAUGUUUCAUGUAGAAUCCUCGAAAUUGAAGUGUUUUAACUGUA